UGGUAAAUAGUCACGCAAAAUAAAUACCACCGAUCCGUCAUCAACAGACGAAAGCGGAGAAAAGAUGUUCUCAAAAAUCGUGAUGUGUGCAGAUCCAGUAUUGCUGCUACAUCAUUGAGUGUGCUCCGAGAACGCAGUCGAGUACAAACGACCCUUGAAGUCGAAAUGCAACGCAGGGUUCUGGCGCUCCAUGUAGCUUCUUAAAAAAGUCAGAUGUGAUAUGCGCUGUCAUGAUCAUAAACAGCCAAACAAAUGAUUUUUUUAGAAAUGAUUUUAGACAGCUAAGUGGCUCAUUAGGGUUACCGUUCACAUUAUGGUGCUUUUACCACACGGUUUCUAGUCAUCUGCAUUCAAGAAAUCAAAUCAUUACCGUUGAUUAAUCUUCAUGAAAAUGUAGUAUCACAGUGACAGAUUCUGCUAAAAACGUCUCAAAGUGGAUUUCCAAAUGAAUGGAUUGGUGUGUCAAAGAAUUAUCUUGUUCGUUGAACCUCCGGUAGUUGGCAUCGGAUACAGGGGAUUGAGAUAUUUUCACCGAAUGAGCCAUUAUGAGGUGUGGUUUUUAAAGUUCCACUUCGUUGCUUCAUAAUUGCUCGUCAAACGACCGUCGACCUAAGUUGAUGGCAAACUUGCCUCGUGCAGGAGAUGGCCACUUUCCAGAAUUUGAAUGCCGUUUUAGAAUCGUCUUUAGCGGACUACUCCAUUGGCUUUGGUUGGAAAAGUGAGAAUGAUGAAAAUGAGUGUCGACUUGGUGACAGUGAUCUUAUGAAGUUGUCCCAGUGCCGUGAUUCUACGUAUGCCACAAUGUCGAGCAAUUAGAUCAGUGUUAGUUUGUGUCACUUACCAAACUGCACAACAACGGGAAACAAGUUGCAAAAAUGAGCGCAAUUUAUGCUUGAGUUUGUAGAAUCAUGCGCAUGGUGCUGUUGACGGAAACCACCAUGAGUGCAACCAGCAGCAGCACGGGUGGGCUAACGUUGGUGGUGAACGACACCAAGAUGACGACAUUCCCAGAAGGCACUGCAACACUUCCUGCGGAGCAGCUACGCUUGCCCAUCGGAGCCGUCGCAAUCCUGACCAUCAUCAUGGUCCUCAUGAUCCUGAUCAGUGCCCUGGGCAACAGCAUCGUCUGUCUGAUCGUCUACCAGAAGCCCGCCAUGCGCUCCGCGAUCAACCUCCUCCUUGCCAACCUGGCCUUUGCCGACAUCAUGGUGGCGCUCUUGUGCAUGCCCUUCGCGCUGGUGACCCUCAUUGCGGGCGACUGGCUGCUGGGGCCCGCCGUGUGCCAGAUCACGGCGUUCCUGUACCUCUUCUUCGUCAUGGAGGCCACUUUCAUCCUUGCCACCAUCUCCGUGGAUCGAUACUUCAUCAUUGUUCGUCGGAAGGACAAGCUGAACCCGCACAGAGCCAAGAUAGUAAUCGCUCUGUCCUGGUUGAGCAGUGCCAUUGUAGCCUUUCCACCCAUCGUCGGUUGGGCCCGGUUCGAGUACUCCCCAGGUGAAGUCCAGUGCCGGCUUCAGUACCCGGAUGGUCCCGCAGACAAAGCCUACAUCGUCUGCCUCUAUCUAGCCAUUUUCUACGUUCCUUGUGCCGCCAUGGCCUUCUCUUAUCUCUUCAUUCUCAACACGGUGCGACGGAACUCACUACGGGUUCAGAACCACCCGGAAUCCCUCAGCAUCAGUCAGGCCAACAAGCUAGGCCUGACUAACCUCCCCCGCCCCUCCCGCGUCAACGUGGACAUGAGUUUCAAGACGCGGGCGUUCACGACCAUCCUCCUCCUAUUUAUCGUCUUCAUCAUCUGCUGGGCGCCCUCGGCUGUCGGCGUCUACGUCGAAAUCUUCUCCGAGUCAAACAUGAUCUCACCCGUUGGCCAGGCGUUCAUCCUCUGGCUCACGUACCUUAACUCCGCCUUCAAUCCGAUUAUCUACUGUUGGCGGAUCAAGAAGUUCCGCGAAGCUUGCCGAGAACUGGCCCCCAAGACGUUCCGGCUCCUGCCCAAGCUGCCAGGGCGAACCCGCCGUCGGAUACGACCAAGUGCAAUGUACGAGUGCAAUGAACAAUCCUCAGUAUGACAAACAUACUAAACCAGAAAAAGUGUCUAUUUUACAAGUUGCGACAAACAACACUUCAAAACAUCUUGAGAUUUAUUUAUUUUAUGGGUGUCAAAGUGUUCAUUAUAUUUUUACCUAGAAAGCAGAUUUAGUCUAGUAAAUGAAAUUACUUACACAGUAUUCAAAUAUUGUAUGCCAUGUUCUUGUAUUCACAUCUUACAUUCUUUGUAAACGAUAUUGUUUAUUUUUUGCAAUGUGCUAUUAUUGUUGCAUACAUUACUUAUCUUUUCAUUUCUGUGUGGUAGCAGUAGACAACGUAAAUAUGUAUUCAGAAGCUGCAGUUAAAAUACACUGUACUUAAUUUUCAUAUAAGCCCAGGGUAUUCUUUGGGAGAAAUUUUAUUUGAAAACACCAAGCAUAAUACAGUAUUUUUAUAUGAACAAAAUAAUUUAAAAUUUCAUGUCUCCAUUCAAGCUGCACAAAAUCCCAUUGUUGACUAAUUUGUAUGUGAAUAAAUUUUUUUUUUUUUUUAAUUUUUGGUGGAAUUCUAAAAGCAUCAAUGUACUUUAAAAUGUAAGCACUGAAAUUCAUUAUGUUUUGAAUAUUGUUGUUACGCACCCAGAUAAUUAAUUUUUUUGUCAAUUACCCAAACCAAAAUUGAAAAUUUGCCAUCCGAAAACAUUUAUUUAAAAAAAAAAAAAUCACAGUGCAAGCAGAGAAAUAAACCUGUUUCAGAUCAACUUUUUUUUUUUUAAUAUUAAAAAAACCCAGACUUGACAAUAGUGGAAAUCAACGGAUGAAGUAAAA